AUGGAAAAGAUCAAGGGCAUGCUUGAUUUAAAUGAUUUUAUCAAUUUGAGGGAGCUCGACCUAAGUGACAAUAAAUUUAGAAGCUUGGGUACCAUUUACGGUCUAAAAAAUUUGAAGGUCCUUAAUUUACAAUCAAAUUUCUUCAAUAAUAGCAUUUUCUCCUCACUUCACGGGCUAUCAUCACUCAAGUCUCUAGAUCUCUCUUAUAAUGAACUAAAAGGAACCAUCCAAAUGAAAGGUUUACAUGCUUUGAGUAAUUUGGAGGAGCUUGAUCUAAGUUCCAAUGAGGUCGACAACUUCACAACUCCAACAGGCAUCGAAAGUAUGCAUCGUCUCCAAGUGCUAAAAUUGAAUUACAUAAAUGUCUCCAACAUUAGCAACAUGGUGCAAUCAAUGAGGGCAUUCUCAUACCUCAAGCACUUCCAUUUUCGGUACAAUUAUGUAAUGGGAAGCAUUGGAUCUUAUGACCACAAGUGGGCAACAGGCUGUAAAAUCCUUUGUACAUUUUUGACUAAUCUCAUUUCUCAACAGUCUAACAACCAGCUUGAGGGUCCAAUCCCGGAGGAUAUUUGCAAUCUCGGUGAUCUUAGCGUCUUAGAUUUAUCUGAGAACAAGCUACGUGGUUCAGUCCCAUCCUGCUUCAAUCCAUCACGGAUACGUCAUGUCUAUAUGAACAAUAACCAAUUGGAGGGUGAGCUAACGUAUGCAUUUUAUAAUAGCUCCUCUUUGGUGACAUUGGAUCUUAGAUUGAAUAAGUUCAUUGGAAGUAUCCCUCAAUGGAUUGGCAAUCUAUCAAGCCUGAGCGUUAUUCUUCUCAGAGGAAUUGAUCUCUCUUCAAAUAAAUUACAUGGUGAAAUUCCGGAUGGCCUUGGAAACUCAAGUGAGAUCCGUGCACUCAACUUGUCCCACAACAACCUUAUUGGAACAAUUCCAGAAACAUUCUCAAACCUGCGACUGAUUGAGAGCUUAGAUCUCUCCUAUAACAACUUAAGUGGGAGGAUCCCCACUGGUCUGAUUAAGUUAAACGCUUUGGCAGUCUUCAAUGUGGCGCAUAACAAUUUAACAGGUAUGAUACCGGAGAACGGUCAGUUUGGAACUUUCGAUGAAGUUAGUUAUCAGGGAAAUCCUUAUCUCUGUGGUCGUCCAUUACCUGACGACUGUGCUAGCACCGGAUCAACACAUGUCUUGUCAUCUGCAGAUGAUGAAAGUGAGGAGCUCGGUUUCAUGGACAUGGAGUUCUUCUACAUAAGCUUCAUCAUAUCUUAUUUAUCUGUAGUGCUUUGCAUUGCUACAGUUCUGUCCAUAAAUCCUCACUGGAGAAAAGCAUGGUUUCAUUUCAUUGAGGUUUAUAUAAUCCAUUUUUGA